AUGGCGCUACCUAUGUUGGACUGGCACACCGGCCUCUUUGACUGUUGUGAUGACACAAGUUCCUGUUGCUAUGGAUUCUGGUGCUGCCCUUGCCUUGCCUGCACGGUUGCAGGACGAUUUGAUGAGAACCGUUGUCUCCCGUUAUGCGACAUAUUCAGCCCUGCCAUAACAGCAGCCUGUGGACUUCCUCUGUGUGUGCCUCCUGCCGCCUUGGCUCUACGGGUUGGCAUUCGACACAGAUAUAAUAUCAAGGGUUCUCUCUGUAAGGAUAUCAUGAGUUCCUGUUUUUGUGAGUGGUGCUCUUGGUGUCAGAUGCAUCGUGAGUUAAAAUACCGCAAGAAAAACAACCCUGUCGUUGUCAACAUGCAGCCUGGACAACAUGGAGUUGUUAUGGUUAAUCAAUACUGA